CCUCCCCUCGUCUGUCAGUCCGCUGGUGAUCAUGGCGGCGGUGUGGUUGUUUCGCCGGUUCGUGUCUCUGUCGGUUCCGCGGCUCGUCGGGACUCAGCAGCAGCACCAGCACCGGACCGUAGUGAGCACCACCUCCGGAGCCAUUCUGCCCAAACCCAAGAAAACGGCGUUCGGUCUGGUGAGGAUCCUGAUGGUCGUGGCUCCGUUCCUGUACGUCGGGACCCUGAUCAGUAAGAACUUCGCAGCUCUGCUGGAGGAACAUGAUAUAUUCGUGCCUGAGGAUGAUGAUGAUGACGACUGAUCACAGAUGCUGCUGAUUCACUCCAUGAACUCAAGCGCUGUGUGCUUCACAGGAAUCAGUUCUCUUCGUCUGUUCAUUACUGUGCAUUUAUGAAGAUUCAUGAGCAGUUGAAUUCUUGAUUCUGAUUGGCUGACCCGAGUGUUGAUCACUGAUCUAUAAUAAAGAACAUAAACCCUACCAUUCAAGAGCUCGAGGUCACUGUGAUUCUUCUACUUUAAUUCUUAAAAUCAACUCUUCUAUUCAUCAGGGAUGCAUUAAAUUGAUCUAAAGUGACAGUAAA